AUGAACGAGGCAAUUCAAAGCGAGGAGACAGCAAGAAUUCUCCAGAAUCAAAGAACAAUCCUGGAACAAAAUGCCAAGAUAUUGGCAUUCCAAGAGACCUUCACAAAAGAGAACGGAAGCACGGCAAAUGCGAAAAGUGUUGUGCCGGCCAUUGUAAAGGUGAGUUCAAAUGACAAAAAGUUUAUGAAUUUUACCACAAUGCAUCAAGCUGUACAUCACUCUGUCUACAACCAGUAAUUCCUUACUAUCACCAUUUCAUAUCUAAAACAAUUGUGCAGUUCAAAGUACGAAAAUUAACGUUUUUUGAGAAGUAUAAAACAGUACAGUUUUAUUUUGUUCAUGGGUUUUUGAAAUUAUUUUUACCUUUUGAAGUAGAAAUUAAAGUUUAACCUACUAGAGAACAUUUGUAUAUAUUGUAUAUACAUGUAUACUUUUUGCUUAAAGUGUUUAUACAACGAAAUUUCCGACAUCGUUUUUUUCCUCGCAAAUCUGAAAAUAUAAUCUUUUCUGAUCAAUUAAUAUAUAUAUAUAUAUAUUAUGGUGUAAUAUGUUAGUGCGUCUUGACGUAAAUUAGGCUUAAAGUGAAGCAGUAGAUGCGAAUUUGUCCGCCAUUUUGUGUGAUGUCACAAGUAGGACCAUGUAGACGCCAUUAAUGUAAAAUAAAUACAGUGUUGGGAAGAAAGCAUCAUUUACGAACCUUUUUCGCGGAAAUAUCGAAAGUUAUUGAACCAAAAUGUCUGACCGUCAAUCCGAAAGUAUCUGGGCCUAAUUUGUCUGCAGAUGAGAGCUCAAAUGGUGAAAAUUACGGUGUUGUGGAUAUGCAUCCUGACGGCAAUGCUCCAUAUCAAGAUGAACCUCUCGCUAUCGUAGGACAAGAUUACAACUUUAGGUUUGAAGAAGACAGAGAUGGCAUUUCCCCAGAAACACUAGAAGCAAGGUUUACGAAGAUAUAUGUCCA